UGUGUAUGUCUAGUUAUUAAGUACUCUUAUAAAUUAUACGUUUUUAAAUAUGAAUAACGCUGAAAAAGUUGAGUUGGUUUUAAUUUAUGGUGAAUGUCAGCGUAAUGUACGCCUAGCCGCUGCGACAUAUGCCGAACGAUACCCAGAAAGAUACCAUCCACCAUUUAAUUAUGUUUUACGACUUUUACAAGGGUUAAAUCAGGAAGGAAGAUUUCCUGGCAGACAAAUGAACCAACAAAGGCGAAGAGCAAAUAUGUUUGAUGACGAUACAGAAUUACAGGUACUAGCAUACAUAAGAACUAAUCCACGUUCGUCAAUUAGGCAUGUUGCUCGCGAAAUUGGAGUUUCAUAUGGUUAUGUCCAAAAACAAGAUGGAGCACCAGCCCACAAUGCAAUUAUUGUUAGACGACAUUUAGAUCAAAUAUUUCCGAAUCGCUGGAUUGGAACUUUUGGCGUCAUUCCUUGGCCUGCACGAUCCCCAGAUUUAACGCCAUUGGAUUUCUUUUUAUGGGGUUAUUUGAAGACUGUGGUUUAUGCAGAUCCACCUGUCAAUCUUCAGGACUUAAAAAACAAAAUACAAGCAGCAUGUGAUAUUUUAAGUGAAGAACAAAUCAAGGCGGCAACUUCGACUGAAUUUUUGAGGCGACUUGAAUCAUGUUUAGAACAUAAUGGCGAAAAUUUUGAACAAUUCAUAAGAUAAAUGUAUUUAAUACAUUUUAUUUUUUAUUUAAUAUUAAU